ACUGAACGUUGCCUUUCGCCGCCAUGUUCUCCAGUCUCACGCAAUUCCUUCCCGCUUCCCUACAACAACAAAAUGAAGAACGCGCCAAACAGAACGCCCAGGCCGUUCAGGAAGCAGAGGACGAGGGAGAGGAGGAAGCCGUCCCCGAGGAGGAGGCGACUUCAGUGAAGUCCAAGAAGAAGGAUCGCAAAGCGAACGAGACAUUCAUCUUCGUGCGCCCACCGCCAUCCAAGACCAACCAUCCAUUGAACCUCCAGGUUCAACUGGUUCCACCUCAUACCCGCGCACCCGGCCUUCCCCCCUCCACUCCACGACAAUCCAUUGAUUCCUCCUCCACUGGGGGCGACGCCCUCUCGCGCACGACCUCGGCGACGUCUGCGUCAUCCGACUACAGCGUAUCCACCUCAUCAUUCACCUCCGUCUCAUCUACUUCCUCCACGCGCCGAGCAAUCGUCCCCCUCUAUAAUCUCCAAGCCCAUAAUGUCAUGACAAACACUAUCGUCGACGCUGGCACGGACGCGAAGAUUGGCAAGUUCCAGCGGAAGGGACUUGAGCUCAUCGAUCUCGCGAUCCUCGAGCCAGUCGAGGUCUGGGGGCCUGCGAGCGGCGCGGCCGCUGGUGCACCUGCCGCAGACGAAGCACCAAAUACUCCGGCGGGGAGUCGCUUUUCUACCCGCUCGAAUACAACGGGGGGCAGUCUGCUGAUACCUGCGAAUGAUCGCCCGACGUCACCGAACCUGGUCGCCAGCAAUCCGUACGCGUCGGCGUCGGAUGUCUCACGCGCGUCAUCCAACACGUCCCUGACCUCGUCUGGACAUCGGCCCGUGAGCCCAGCGCACCUGCCCCAGAGGCGGAACUCGACAAAGGCGAAGAAUAUAUUCGGCAAGUUCUUUUCGUCGAAGAAGAGCACCGUGCCGAUGCCCGCGACGGAGGCGCAGGACCCGGACGCGACGAUCUCAACGACGCCCACGUCGAGCCGGUUCACGCGCCAUCUCAAGACCCUUUCCGUGUCGAGCACGACUACCGCUGGCCCGCCCGGCUCCCCCAUGUCCAUCAACACCCCGCUCAAGCGCCGCAGUUUCUCCCCCAUGCCCCCUGACGUCGUUCCAGAGCAAGAGCCUGCUCCCAAUGGCCUGCCUAAGCCCGAACCACCCGUCGUUCAACCGACACUAGGCUUGACGCCUUCCUUGUUGCUCCCGCGGCCCGCUGCAGCGUCUUCCUCGACGCAGGUUAACGUCGCGAAUGCGAAGAAGGGCGGUCGGCCCAUCCUAUACUCGUGGCUCGCGAAGAAGUGGCUGAAGGCGCCGAAUGAAGGCGGCAUCCUCGGCGGCCUGCGCGGGCUAGGCGCGGGGCUCGCUGAGUUCAACAGCCAGCCGCAGGUGACGCUGGACCCGGCGCAGAACCCCAACUACGUCGGUGGUGACAUCGACAUGCGCGUCGAGUGGCGGCGUGACAAGAAGCGCGCUGCGAAAGCGAAGGCGCGGCGCGGCGGCGCGCGGAAGCAGACGACCGACACCUCGGACGCGCGGUCGAUCCCCGAGGCCGAGAGUGUCAUCGCGGACGACGACAAGGCGCGGCGCCGGCUGAGCACGGCGAGCGGCAGCACGAACUUCAGCGGGCACGGCGCGCAGCGGUCGCGGUCGACGGAGUCGCUGCGGGGGCUGCCGGCGUCUGUGCGGCAGCAGGAGCAGCAGGAGUACGACGACGGGGAGGAGAGUGAUCCGGAGGACAGCGAGACGCCGUGGGUGUGCGUGCUGCGGAUAACGAGGCGGAAGCCGCGGCCACCGCGAACGUCCGCCGAGUCGCAGCGACCGGGGGAGGUGGGCGCGAAGAAGGACAAGGACGGGAAGGAGCGGUUGAAGGUCCGGCUGGCGACGCUCAGCCCCACGCCGCACCAUCCGAAGGUCGUCGCGAUGCUGAAGGUAUCGUGGCCGCUCAAGGCGAUUGACCUUCUAGAGUUAAUUGAGCUGGAUCCUAAUGAUCCCAAGCGACCACGGACGCCCGCGCACCUAAUCGUGACGCCGGAAGAGCUCAAGGAUAUCAUCUCCUGCACAGGCAUGUGGGUGGUAAUUCGCGAGGGCUUCGGUGGUGUAGGCCGGGAACGGCGUCGCGGGGAUGGUUGGAAGAUUCGGGGCUGAGAGGCUUGCGGCUGAGCAGUCAUGCUGUAAUACACGAUUGGGGAAGGGCUCGGCAGCGACAUGCUUUGCGCGAUAGUUUCAACCCAAUUACAACAGAUAUACUCUUUCUUGGACGGUGGGCGGUUAACGAUACUGGGUAUAUACCUCUCUGCGCUGAUAAUCUCUCCCUUGGGCACGUAAUGGCAUGCGCGAAGGACGUGAAUGAAGUAACGCCGGUGACUUUCCAUUUCUGUCCUCAAGGGCUUCCGUAUCUGGUAAAUGUGGUCGCGUACUGAUAUCAUGAAGGGAUGUGUACGCUGGUG